CACGACCGGAUUAAAACCAGAACAUGUCGCUGGGAUGAUAUCAGCGACGGAAAUCAAAUCAAAACCUCCAACUCCUGACCUUCACUCCCGAUCCUCCACAUCAAGCUUUCACUGAGAGGAGAAAAGAGUCAGAGACGAGGGAGCUGGAGAGGAGAGAGAGGUAGGAGGGGGAUGGAGAGAGUGAGAUAGAGAGAGGGAGUGAAUAGAGUGAAUGCAGUCCAGCCUCUGCUGUGGAGCAGCAGCAGUCAGUCCGACUCUGAAGGACACCGAGAGAGGAGAGACUCCAGCAGCCGGCUGCACGGUGGAGGAAUAAUAACCGCAAUAAAAAGAAGCAGAAGAGGAGGAGAAGCGCUGGUUGUGUGUCUUUCAUUCAUUCUGUCUCUGAGCUGCGACCAGCUGGAUAAAAGGACAAACAGCAGCAGGAGGUGAACAGAGGAGGAGGUGUUGGAGGUUUCUGCUCUCGUACCGCCGGCCUCAGGAGCCUCACAGCUCUCGGUGUCGCUGCGACAGCGCUCGGGCAGCUGUGUGUGUGUUUGCUGGUGUGUGUGUGUUUGCUGGUGUGUGUGUGUUUGCUGGUGUGUGUUUCACCGUCAGCAGCUCCGUCUGGAUUUGGAGUAAACCGGGGAUUUCUCAUCAGCAGGAGUUGUUCGCUGGUGUUGUCUGUUGCAGCUUCUUUUUUCUGACGUCUCGGUGGGUCGGUGGAGGGACUACCGCUCUGCUCCUCUCUCCUCCUUUCCCUCCUUGCUGCUCUCCUCCUCUGCUGUCGCUGCCGGGACUCGUCUGGUCGGUGGGCUCAGAGCGGGGAGCAGAUAGAUGGAUCAUCAGAUGCUCCUCAGUGUGGCGUUUUUACCCAGAAUGCACCAGGUGUGAUCUGUUGGCGUGACUCGACCUGACCGCCAACCAUCAGCACCUCCAGGACACCUGCCAACCCUCGGCCAAUCAGCGCUUCUUUCUCCGGGGCGCCAUGGCGACCGCAUCCGUUGGAAGGCUCGGCGGUCCACAGCUGCUCCGUUGAGGUCACAGAAACAAGAAGAACGGGAUUCUGGGUGUUUUUGUGGACUUUCUUUGUCGUUUUCUGCUGGAUUCCUUCCUUCUCCUGGAUCCUAAAAACAACGACUGACACCGUGGAUGUAAAACCCUCUUCUCCAACCAGCUCCUCCAGGAUGUCAGCUCUGAGGAGGUGACAUGUGGCUCGUCCUACCAUGUAGCCGCCACGACCCGAGGAAACCUCCCAGAAACUUUUUAACGAGCCCAGAGCUGCCGGUUGAAGCGACGCGCUGAAAACACGGUGGAUGAGCUGAGCGAGGACUUCUGAAGCGCUACCAGGUUAUUAGCGGCCCCUGCGCUUCCUAUUUUCCUCUUUAAUCUCUGCAUUCUGACUAAUCAUCUUUUUAAUUAAUGGCGACGGCGGUGUGAAGUCUUCCCUGCCACCCUUCCCUCCUUCCGCUGCCGCCAGAGACACCUGAAGCCAAUUAGCAAACAGAAGAUCCUGAUGGAGAUUAGAGGCUGGGAGAGCGAUUAGACGUAAACACAAAGAGGAGAAAACAGAACAGAGGAGGGCUGUAAAGGCUGGGAGGAGCAGAGGGAGGAUAUGGCCUCAUCAGGGCGGCGACAGACAACCACCGAUCUGCAGGACGGAGCCCAGAGUCUUGACUGACAGGCGCAGUGUUUCCCAGGACUCGUCGUUGUUCCCAAACCAAGCAGGGAAGAGACCGAGGAACUCUUGGCCGGCCGCCACUAUCAGGACCAAUUAAGAGGAUUUGAUUAUAUGCCUUAAUCUCGGCAGUCAGGUGGAAAAGCAGGCAGAAGGAGGCCGAGCAGGUGCCACCGAUACACCCCAUUAUCCCCGUCCAUCUCUCACUGAGUUGGUGUCUGUUUCCUCCAAACUCCUGGAGAGAAAUCCGAAGGCCCUCCUCCCUUAAUUCAGCCUAAGAUGUUCAUUCUUUACUUUCCUUUGUGGUGACUACAGCAAACACACUUCAUUUGUGUUUUCCUUCAGAGAUUUACUCAGUCUGGAGGACAUUUCUCUCCCUCCUCUUUCGUUUCUUCUCCCAGCAUGGACGAGUCUUAUCUCCAAGCCUCCCUGCAGCCUUCACAAUCUCCAUAUCAAGAGUGAGAUAAAGGCAAAAAAAUAGAAAGAAAUAAGAGGGGAAAAGGAGCCGUGAGGGACUGAAUCUGUGGAGGACGGAGCAGAGACUUUAUUUCCUUCCAUCCGUCCCCAAAGCGUCUCUUUUUCUAACUCCUCGUGUACCCGGGAGCUUUUUCCCAGCAUCCUCCUUGUGGAUCGUACUCACGCUGGACUUCCAGAGAUUAAACUGGCCUCCAUCAUCCCAGGGAAUCCUUUGAAAUCGGUUCCUGGUGUCGUCAUCUUCAUUCUGUGGCGGUACAGGCAGCCAGCAGACCAUUCUCCAUGAGGAGCAGUGGAAGAUGCCGGCUCUGCCAGCACUGCUGCUGUCGAUUAACGUCCUGCUGCUGACUAUGGCGCCUCUCUCCUUCAGCCAGGCCACCACCCUGUCAGCCGUCCGGAUGGCGGCCAUCCUGGAUGACCAGUCGGUUUGUGGCCGAGGCGAGCGUCUGGCGCUGGCUCUGGCGAGGGAGAACAUCAACAGUCUGAUGGAGGGCUCGUCCCAGGCCAGGGUGGAGGUGGACGUCUACGAGCUGCAGAAGGACUCCCAGUACGACACCACCGACACCAUGUGUCAGAUCCUACCAAAGGGUGUGGUCUCUGUGAUAGGCCCCGCCUCCAGCCCCGCCUCCGGGUCGACUAUCAGCCACAUCUGUGGGGAGAAGGAGAUCCCUCACUUGAAGAUCGGUCCGGAGGAAACCCCGAAGCUGCCGUACCUUCGCUUCGCCUCGGUGACGCUUUACCCGAGCAACGAGGACCUGAGCCUGGCCAUCGGAUCCAUCCUGCGCUCCUUCGGAAACCCGACGGCCAGCCUCAUCUGUGCCAAAGCAGAGUGCCUGCUGAGACUGGAGGAGCUGGUCCGUCGCUUCCUCAUCUCCAGGGAGACGCUGUCGGUGAGGAUGCUGGACGAGAGUCUGGACCCGACUCCUCUGCUGAAGGAGAUCCGUGACGAUAAGGUGGCCACCAUCAUCAUCGACGCCAACGCCUCCAUCUCCUACCACAUCCUCAGGAAGGCGAACGAGCUGGGGAUGACGUCGGCCUUCUACAAAUACAUCCUCACCACCAUGGAUUUCCCUCUGCUCCGGCUGGACGACGUGGUGGGCGAGCAGUCCAACAUCGUGGGCUUCUCCAUGCUCAACAGCAGCCACUCCUUCUACCUGGAGUUCAUCAGGAGCCUCAACCUGUCGUGGAGAGAAGGCUGUGAGCUCGGCCCCUACCCAGGACCGGCGCUGUCGUCGGCCCUGAUGUUCGACGCCGUCCAUGUGGUGGUGAGCGCCGUCCGGGAGCUGAACCGCAGUCAGGAGAUCGGAGUGAAGCCGCUGAGCUGCACAUCACCGCUCAUCUGGCAGCACGGAACCAGCCUCAUGAACUACCUACGCAUGGUGGAGUACGACGGUCUGACGGGUCACAUCGAGUUCAACAGCAAAGGACAGAGGACCAACUACACCCUGAAGAUCCUGGAGAAGCACCCAGCGGGACAUAAGGAGAUCGGCAUCUGGUACUCCAACAACACGUUGGCCAUGAACUCCACCUCUCUGGACCUGAAUGCCUCAGAGACUCUGGCUAACAAGUCUCUGAUCGUCACCACCAUCCUGGAAAACCCAUAUGUGAUGCGUAAGUCCAACUACCAGGACUUCCAGGGCAACGACCAGUACGAGGGCUUCUGCGUGGACAUGCUGCGGGAGCUGGCCGACAUCCUCAAGUUCUCCUUUAAGAUCAAGCUGGUGGACGACGGGCUGUACGGAGCGCCGGAGCCCAACGGGAGCUGGACCGGGAUGGUGGGGGAGCUGAUCAACAGGAAAGCCGACCUGGCGGUGGCCGGCUUCACCAUCACCUCAGAGAGAGAGAAGGUGAUCGAUUUCUCCAAACCCUUCAUGACUCUGGGGAUCAGCAUCCUGUACCGGGUCCAUCUGGGUCGUAAGCCCGGCUACUUCUCCUUCCUGGACCCGUUCUCUCCGGCUGUCUGGCUCUUCAUGCUGUUGGCUUACCUCGCCGUCAGCUGCGUCCUCUUCCUGGCCGCCAGGCUCAGUCCCUACGAGUGGUACAACCCUCACCCAUGUCUGCGGGAGCGGCGGGACAUCCUGGAGAACCAGUACACACUGGGGAACAGCCUGUGGUUCCCAGUGGGCGGCUUCAUGCAGCAGGGCUCAGAGAUCAUGCCCCGGGCGCUGUCCACCCGCUGCGUCAGCGGAGUCUGGUGGGCGUUCACCCUCAUCAUCAUCUCGUCCUACACGGCCAACCUGGCGGCGUUCCUCACCGUCCAGAGGAUGGAGGCUCCCAUCGAGUCUCCAGACGACCUGGCUGACCAGACCAACAUCCAGUACGGCACCAUCCACGGAGGCUCCACCAUGACCUUCUUCAUGAACUCGCGGUACCAGACGUACCAGCGGAUGUGGAACUACAUGAACUCCAAGCAGCCCAGCGUGUUCGUGAAGAGCACCGAGGAAGGCAUCGCCCGCGUCCUCAACUCCAAGUACGCCUUCCUGAUGGAGAGCACCAUGAACGAGUACUAUCGCAGCCUCAACUGCAACCUCACGCAGAUCGGCGGGCUGCUGGACACCAAAGGAUACGGCAUCGGCAUGCCGCUGGGUUCUCCGUUCAGAGACGAGAUCACUCUGGGAGUCCUCCAGAUGCAGGAGAGCAACCGGCUGGAGAUCCUGAAGAGACGCUGGUGGGAAGGAGGAGAGUGUCCCAAAGAGGAGGACCACCGAGCCAAAGGCCUCGGCAUGGAGAACAUCGGCGGCAUCUUCGUGGUACUGAUCUGCGGCCUCAUCAUCGCCGUGUUCGUGGCCAUCAUGGAGUUUGUGUGGUCAACGCGCCGCACCGCAGAGACGGACGAGGUAAACCUUCAUCCUCCUCCUCCUCCUUCGUCCUCCUCCUGCCUCCACCACUCCUCAGUGUCCGUCUGUCAGGAGAUGCUGACGGAGUUUCGAAACGCCGUUUCUUGUAAGAAGAGUUCCCGCUCUCGUCGCCGGCGGCCCCUCACCAGCGCCGGGGGAGGAGUCCUCCGCCACCCGUCCCGUCUGGCCCUAGCCGGCCCUCGGCCCAUCCGCCUGGUCCGAGAGAUGCGCCUCAGCAACGGCAAACUGUACAGCGGCACCGGGCCGCUGACGGGCGGGUUGGCGGGGCUCGGGGGAGGCCCUGAUUUGGGCCCGGGGCCACAGAGGCUCCUGGAGGACCCGCUGGGAGUCAACGCCACCACCAGCACGCCUCCCCCGGCGUCGGCGCUGGUGGCUCCGCCCGCUCCGCCGCGCAGCUUCCUGCAGAGCUGCAGCCACGUACGGAUCUGCCAGGAGUGUCGGCGGAUCCAGAGCCUGCGGCCGGCCACCCUCACUCCUCCCCCGCCACCUCCCCCGUCCUCAUCCUCCUCUGCGUCCUCCUGCUCCCGCAUCCCCCCUCGGUGGUGGCGCCGGGCCACCACCAGCACCGCCACAACCCUCACCAUCACCUCCACUACCACCACGGCUCCAUGUCGCUGCCCCGCCUCCCGCCGCCACCUCCCCCGAUCUCGACGGACAGAGCCGACAGCGACGGGGGGACGGCGAGCCCCGGGAGGGCCAAAAACAAACCAGCGCCUCCACCCAGACCGCUGCCCCCCGCCAAGACACCAACACACCCACCCACAGACUUACUGGGGGGGCAUGACUGAGCGGAAGGACGCUGUUGGAGGGUCAGAGGUCAUGAAGUUAAACUUUAAAUCGGUCCAAAUCAGACUCUCAGCAGGGGUGGACGGAGGAAACCAUUUGGACCCGUUUGCUGGGUCAAAGCCACUUUGGACCGGUGGAUCAUACCAGUAACCUUCACAGGGGUGGUGGUGGUUCAAACCACUCUGACCUGUUAAACAAACAUUUGGAUUAAACCAGCAGAGGACGGUCUGGUUCUUCACUUUGCUCUUCGCCCACAGACUGGGUUUGUCUGAAUCCUGAGGCAGGUGUUUGUACAGAAGCAGAGCAGCUGUACAGUUCUCAUGGUCUUUGUCUCCCAUCUGGACGUCUGUGGAGGAUGUAGCUCUUUCUGACUCUGUUGCUGUUUGUACAGACUCCUGACUGCUGCUGGGAUCCGUGGACUAACCAGAGCUGUGCUGAGGUAGUUCUUUACCGUGUGAUGAGCAAUUCAUCAAUAACAGAACCAUAAAGAGUCAAAUGUUGGAAGUUCACAGAAUGAGGAGAGACGAGAGUUGAUCAUUUUCACAUCAAGUGGUCAAAGUUUUGGGAUCUCUUAGGUGUAGCAGCCAGUCAGUCCAGUCAAAUUCAAGCAUUUCCAGCUCUAGUUCUUUGAAGGAAUAAUUCACCGUUUUGGUAAAAUGUUGAGUCAGACUGUAGCACCUAGCUUAGCAUAAGGUAGAUUCUGUCUAAUAUGAAUCUCUGUUUGGUGGCCACCAAUAUGACCAAUGACUGAUUUCAACACUUCAGAUAGAUCUCAGCUCAUCAGACACCAAAAUGUUGAACCUUUCUUCCAAAAAGUUUGAACCAUUUUAACUGAUCACUACGAGAACCACAAAGCAACCCUUUUCUGCGUUGUUUUCCAGUAAAAAUAGCAUUUUUUUUAUGGUCAGUUUGUGUUAAUUCAGAGAGAAUUCAAGAUAUUUGUUGGAACACCAUCUCAGAUUUUACGUAUUUGUUAUUCAGGACCCAAAACUAAAUGAUGUGAAUUAUUUUUGCAGAAUUUCAUAUUUUCAAACCUGUUAAUUUGGGAUUAAGGGUUUCUUAAAACCCACAGACAUGAAAUGUGAUAACACUGAAAAAAUAGUUUGCAACUAAUUUAAAUCUUUAAAAGGCUCCAGCAGGUGUUAAAAUUUAAAACAUUUUGGGGAAAAAGUGCACCAUUUCAAAUGAGGGUGGUUUUAAGGCCCCUAAAACUUCCUGUCAGCGCCUAAAGAUGGAUGGAUCCGUAUUUCCUACCAAAAAUACAGUCUUUGGUCAACAUUUCACCAACUCUUUAGGGCCUCUAACGUCAGUAGACUUCAUUACGUGACUAGUAUGACAAGCCAAGGUUCCAAUAUUGUUAUUUUGAAGUAGAGAGUUGGACUAAUUUGAAGGAAAACAAAAACUGUUGAGGAGAGGUGUACAUAUAUUGUCACUGUAUGUGCCAAAUGGCUUCCACGUUGCUUCGCGAGCCCAAUUUGAUAUUUAGGAUUUCCAAACUCAUACCAGACUUCAGUCAAACUGCAGCCAAAUUAAAUAAAGUACCGGUGGAACUCCGGUAAACUGGCUGCCAACUGGACCCAAAACCAGCCCAGCUGUGAUGUCCACACCUGCACCAGAUUCAAUUCAGUUCAGUUCAGUAAAUUUAUUUCAAACCUGCACACAGCUCUUUUGACAACAGACAUAAAAUUAUAUCUUGGUUUGAAAAGGGGAUGGAUGAAGCAAAAGCUUUUCACCAGAGGCAGCUAACAUUUAGAAACACUGUAGAGGUGCUGCUCAGAAUAAACUAAAAGUAAAUCUUAAAAAAUUAGAGAACUAGUCCAAACUCACAGGUCAUUGUUAUGGUUUCCCUAAAUCUCAGAGCAUUUUGACCGUUUAAAGGGUUUUGGUUUAUUCACGGUGAAACAGGAAGCAUCAGUUUUAUCAUUUGUAUUUUUGUGGGACUAGGCUGUUUCUCAAAAUGUAAAAUAUUCUGUAUUUUUGAAAAGUUUCGGGAACUCCUGGACAGUUUUCCCCUCAGGGAGACGACAGGAUCCUCCAAGUGGCUCCACAGUGGAAGUUUGUGGCUGAAAGACUCAAAAAAGUACAUGAAAUAUUUAGCUGUUUUCUGAGUGACUUCUACUCUGGAGGAGUCCACGCCUUUAUUAUGAGCACAGUAUGAGAGCAAAAAAAGUUUGGACACUUGUAGUUUCCUACACAAUAAUUUUACACAGAAAUAUCUCUGAAUUUAACCACAAAGUCAUGUGCUUGUUCAAAAAUCUAUAUUUUAUAUCUGCUAAACAGCAGUUUGGAAAUAACUGAACUAACUGGUGGUCAACAUGUGAUCUCAGUGAGUGAUUCAGUCGAUAUUUCAUCCUCAUUCCUAUGUCUGAUAACACAAAAAUAUGUACAUAAUGGCAGCUUUAUUGGGAAUUCAGUUGCAUUAAAAUAAAGUUGAUGUGAGCACAGAGAGCAGGAGAGAAUCAAACAUGUGAACACUGGUUUAUUAGUUUUAAAUCUCUGUCCUCAGCAUUGCUUUCCACAGAGCUCUGACUUGUGGGCAUACGUUCAAAGCUAAUGGUACCAUUAGCCACGUUAGCUGCACAGUGGGCUAAUACGAAGGAUUGUCUUGUUGUUGGGUCAUUACCAUCAACAAACCAGGUCAAUAAACCCGGCUUUAACCAACAGCAAGUCUUUCAGCUACAUAAAGUCACUGAGUUUCCCCUGUGUGGAUCCUGGUCUGACUGCCUAAAAGGAUAAUAUUAUCUCACAUUUUGUUUCUGUUGUGGAAAUAAGAAAUAAUCCACUCUCAUAUCUAAACUGUCCCCAAUCUGAUCAGGGCCAUUUACACAUAUACAGGAGGUCCUCAGUUUACAGCGUCCUCGACCUACAGCGUUUCAUCGUGACAUCAGAACUGGUUACAUGGAACUAGUUGAUGAGCAGAGCGGAUGAAUACGUCGUCACACGGCGCUAUCAGACGGCUUUGUUUCCAUUCUCUGGUUGUACUCCACCUUGGAUUGUGCUACAUUCACUAACUUUUUACCUUCAUUAUGGCUCCCAGCGUAAGUCAGACUCUUCUGAUGCUGGAAGAAAAGGAAAGCGUCUCCAUGGAAGUGAAAUUAGACAGAAUAAAACACUGAGAACAGAAACACUGACCAACAAGGGUCAGGAUGUAAAAACAGGUCAACAUAUUGUAGUGACCCUCUGUGAUGAAUGAGUGAGACUUUAUCUGGUUCUCUGCUGGUUUAUUGAACCUUCACACAGGAUACUGUGGGCCGUAGCCAACGCCAGAAUAACUAGAAAAACCCCAUAACUUAGCUCCAGAAUAACUAGAAAAACCCCAUAACUUAGCUCUCGAAUAACUAUAAAAACCCCAUAACUUAGCUCCAGAAUAACUAGAAAAACCCAUAACUUAGCUCCAGAAUAACUAGAAAAACCCAUAACUUAGCUCCAGAAUAACUAGAAAAAACCCAUAACUUAGCUCCAGAAUAACUAGAAAAAACCCAUAACUUAGCUCCAGAAUAACUAGAAAAAACCCAUAACUUAGCUCCAGAACAACUAGAAAACCCCCACAACUUAGCUCCAGAAUAACUAGAAAAACCCCACAACUUAGCUCCAGAAUAACUAGAAAAAACCCAUAACUUAGCUCCAGAAUAACUAGAAAAAACCCAUAACUUAGCUCCAGAAUAACUAGAAAAAACCCAUAACUUAGCUCCAGAACAACUAGAAAACCCCCACAACUUAGCUCCAGAAUAACUAGAAAAACCCCAUAACUUAGCUCCAGAAUAACUAGAAAAACCCUCAUAACUUAGCUCCAGAAUAACUAGAAAAACCCAUAACUUAGCUCCAGAAUAACUAGAAAAAACCCAUAACUUAGCUCCAGAAGAACUAGAAAAACCCCAUAACUUAGCUCCAGAACAACUAGAAAACCCCCACAACUUAGCUCCAGAAUAACUAGAAAAACCCCAUAACUUAGCUCCAGAAGAACUAGAAAAACCCCAUAACUUAGCUCCAGAACAACUAGAAAACCCCCACAACUUAGCUCCAGAAUAACUAGAAAAACCCCAUAACUUAGCUCCAGAAGAACUAGAAAACCCCCACAACUUAGCUCCAGAAUAACUAGAAAAAACCCAUAACUUAGCUCCAGAAGAACUAGAAAAACCCCAUAACUUAGCUCCAGAACAACUAGAAAACCCCCACAACUUAGCUCCAGAAUAACUAGAAAAACCCCAUAACUUAGCUCCAGAAUAACUAGAAAAAACCCAUAACUUAGCUCCAGAAGAACUAGAAAAACCCCAUAACUUAGCUCCAGAAUAACUAGAAAAACCCAUAACUUAGCUCCAGAAUAACUAGAAAAAACCCAUAACUUAGCUCCAGAAUUAGCCUCCGUUCCCAGCUCUCUCUACUGCUGACUCUCAGCCAAUCAGAGGUGAGCUAACUAAGCAUGGCACCUUCACUGACAUCAGGUAAAUCUGGAACUGAACAAUAAACAUUAAAACAUCAACAUCAACAACAAUAUCAGUCUGUUACAAUGUUCUGUUAUCUUCUAGUAAAAUGAUUCAUACAUGCAUGGAAGUUGUUGGUGUUCAUGACUUUAUGAAGAACUGAUGGAUAUCGUGAUGCACAGAACAGAUUUGUUCACAUUUUCACUGGAGUUCAGACUUACGGUAAAAAUCGUCUUCUGUAGAUCAGUAGGAGCAGAACGCUGAUGUAAGCCGAGGACCUCCUGUAUUUAAUAUCUGACAUUUUCCUUCAUCAUAUGCACUACAAUAGCUGUAGUUCCUGGUUGCACCUCCAGAUGGAGCCUCUUACUGUUUAACACUGUGGCAACUCGAGCAGAAAGCAUUUUAGCGGUUUGCUCUUAAAGGGGCACCAUGACAACGUCUUCUGUGAGACUUAAUGACCUGUGGUCAGCGUGUACAGGUUAAAUCAGCUGGAUUCACUGGGUCAAUACAGAAUAAAAACCCGGUGUGCUGAUGUUGUACUGAAAAAACAAAAUCUAGAAGUAAAAUGACAGCUUAGGGCUGAUGCUAAUAUCGAUUAAUUGAAAAUGCCUCGAUCUGCCCUAAAACCAUCAUGACUGUCACUCAGAGAAACAGUUCUGUAAAAAUAAUCUCGACAGCCAACCGUUCUGUAGAAAGCACACAGCAGAGACUUUAGGUGGAACUUUGAAACCAACCAGCCUGAUAAUCUCACCCACCCUGUCAGAGGUGAAGAGCUACCUCAGUCCAGCUGUGUGUGUUUCAGGUGAGUAUUCCAGCGCAGACACACUGUACACACCACACACUCUCCUGUAAACGUGGAGGGCAAAGUGGAAAACAAACAAACUUGUGAUUGUACUUUCCUUCCUGUCGGCGCGUCCAACCUGAGUACUGCUCUGUCUUCACUUUAUUUCCUCUCUUUCGUGGGGAUUGACGAGCCACAGCCGGUCAGCAGAUGUGAUUGCUUUACAGUCGCCUGGUUGUCAUGGAAACAGAUGAAACACUUUUGAAGAGCAGCACCUGUAGCUUUCUGUUUUUUGUUCUAUAUUUUGCAUAGAAAUGUUUCAGAAGAUGGAGCAGCAGCCUGAAGGGCGUCAUGGGUGGAAAUGUCAGUGGAGUGUGUAUUUGUAUGUGUAUAUUUGUGAGGACCGGUGUGAGGUUUGUUGGGCCCUUAGGGGCCUCUCUGAGGGUUCAGGUUUCAUUUAAAGGGGCUCACAAUGAACAUCCUCACAAAUAUAGCCAUACAGGUGUGUGUUCUGUUUCACCAUGUUUGUCUGUUUGUAGCAGCAGUGCUCAGCGAUCAGCAGGACCGAGCCGACAGACCGAUCUUAUUCUGAUCAUUCUAUUGUUAUCAUUAUUAUUAUUGAUAUUGAGGUGUGGGUGACUGUAGGAGGGGCGUCGCCCUCUGAUGUUCAAUAUAUAGACACACGUUUGGAAUAAAAAAAUGAAAAAAAGAAGAAAAAAACAGUCAAUGUACCAAAAAAACCUCUG